CAAAGAGUGGAGAGGACAACUAAUUUGAAGUAGACUAAACGUGAAGGUUUGGCGAAUACAUGAUACUUAAAUCGACAACUUAAUUAUGUUGCUGCCCAUAAACACAGAUAAUACCUUCACCUCUAGUUAGAAGUUAGCUACUCAGAUUGUGCAUUGUUCUGAUACAGAAUUUGAAUAAAGUUUUUCGGGGGCUAUUCCUUGGCAUUGUGGGAUAGCAAUGGCGGCGUCUAUCUUUGUAAACAAAACCCGCAUAAUUUAAUAAAGAUAGUAGUAUUUCGUUAUGAUUUAAAUUAUCUUCAGUAGGAUGCACAGUCUUCAGUACUUGUAUAUCUUGUAUUUUCACAAUAACUCGUGUUGUUAAUGUUAUUGAACAUCGUUUUGUAUUUACAUUUAAGACAGUAUAUGCAUGUGUCCGGCUUAGCUAACGUUAGCCAGCUUGCUAAAAAUACCAGUUAGUCUACUUACCAACAGCAGUACUGUACUGCAGAUAGUGUUAGUAGAGCCAGCCUCUGGAUAAGCACAUCAAGUUUUUCGAAACCAUGGAGGAUGAUGCGUCACUGCACCGACUGGAGGGCAACGAUCCCACUACGCAGGUCGGCGGGCUGAUGGUAAAGAAGAAGAGUGCAGCAGCAGAGCCUCAUGUCUUUCGUGCGCCAACUCCACGCACCUCUCUCCUUGGGUUGGAUCUCUUGGCAGCUCAAAAGAGAAAGGAGCGUGAGGGCAGGGAGCAGACUGAGGCUGACAUUGAUGAUCAGAAAAACAAAAAGUCCAAGGUAUCCUCCUAUAAGGACUGGGAAGAAGGGAAAAGUGAUUCUGAGUCAGAUGAAGAGGACAAGGAUGAGGAGGAGCAAGAUGGUAAAAAAGAGAGUAGCAGAAAGUACCGUGUGACUGGCUCAGAGACACCCUCUAAUCCAGGAGGGGUGAGCGAAGAAUUUCGUCGAAAGAACCAGCAGAGGGAGAAAGACCGUCGGGAGCAUGGAAUGUAUGCCUCCUCCAAAGAGGAAAAGAAUAGAGAGAGGGAGAAAGACAGAGAGAGGACCAGAGAUAAGGACAGAGAUCGGAGGGGAGACAGAAAUGAGCGGGAGCGCAGUCACAGCCGUGGCAGCAACCGCUCAGAGCGCGGGGACCGCAGUGACAGGAGUGAACGCUCACAAAGAGAAGGCUGGUCCUCUGAGCGCAUUAGCAGAGGGAGCAAGAGGGAGGAGCCUCCCACACCACAGACCCGCCCUAAAGAUGGCACCCCCUCGCGAACCAGCUGGGAUGAGGAUGACAGUGGCUAUGCCAGCUCGAGACGUUCCCACUGGGAAUCUCCCUCUCCGGCCCCUAUGCACAAGGACUCGGACAGGUCUGAGCGAUCGGAGCGCAGCCCCCGCUCAGGACGGGAGAGUGAGAGGAGGGAGAAGUCAGUCAGAGGCCGGUAUCCUGAUGACACACCCCUUCCCACCCCAUCAUACAAGUACAACGAAUGGGCCAAUGACCGGAAGCAUUUAGGCUCCACUCCCCGUUUGUCCCGUGGGAAAGGUAAGAAUGAAGGAGAGGAUGGCAUCGCCUUUGAUAAUGAGGAUGAGAAGGAACAGUGGGAGGAGGACCAGAAGCAAGCGGACAGAGACUGGUACAUGAUGGACGAAGGCUAUGAUGAAUUCCACAACCCUUUGACCUCCACUUCUGAGGAGUACGUGAAGAAGAGGGAGCAGAUCCUGCAGAAGCAGACACAGAAACGCAUCUCUGCCCAGAGACGGCAAAUUAAUGAGGAUAAUGAGCGCUGGGAGACUAAUCGUAUGCUGACCAGCGGAGUGGUUCAGAGGCUGGAGGUGGAUGAAGACUUUGAGGAGGACAACGCUGCCAAAGUCCACCUGCUGGUUCACAACCUGGUCCCUCCCUUCUUGGAUGGGAGGAUAGUCUUCACCAAGCAGCCGGAGCCGGUCAUCCCUGUGAAAGAUCCCACCUCUGACCUGGCCAUCAUCUCCCGCAAGGGCAGCCAGUUGGUCCGCAAGCACCGCGAGCAGAAGGAACGCAAAAAGGCUCAACAGAAACACUGGGAGCUGGCGGGCACCAAGCUGGGGGACAUCAUGGGCGUGAAGAAGACUGAGGAGGCGGAUAUCUCUGGGGGCAAGCCAGUUGGAGAGGAUGGCAAGGUGGACUACAGAACAGAGCAAAAGUUUGCGGACCACAUGAAAGAUAAGAGUGAGGCCAGCAGUGAGUUUGCUAAGAAGAAGACUCUGUUGGAGCAGAGGCAGUAUCUGCCCAUCUUCGCUGUCCGGCAGCAGCUGCUCAACAUCAUCAGAGACAACAGCAUUGUGAUUGUGGUGGGGGAGACGGGCAGUGGGAAGACCACCCAGCUGACCCAGUACCUCCACGAGGACGGCUACACAAGCUACGGCAUGGUGGGCUGCACCCAGCCCCGCAGAGUGGCGGCCAUGAGUGUGGCCAAGAGAGUCAGUGAAGAACUGGGCAGCAACCUGGGAGAGGAGGUUGGAUAUGCCAUCCGUUUUGAGGACUGUACGUCGGAGAAGACUGUAAUAAAGUACAUGACGGAUGGUAUCCUACUGAGAGAGUCUCUCAGGGAGUCAGACUUGGAUCACUACAGUGCUGUCAUCAUGGACGAGGCCCAUGAACGCUCCCUGAACACUGAUGUGCUGUUCGGCCUGCUACGAGAGGUUGUAUCAAGGCGAUCUGACCUCAAGCUGAUUGUCACCUCCGCCACCAUGGACUCUGACAAAUUUGCAGCUUUCUUCGGCAACGUUCCCAUAUUCCACAUUCCAGGAAGAACAUUCCCUGUUGACAUCUUAUUCAGCAAGACUCCCCAGGAGGACUAUGUGGAGGCAGCAGUGAAACAGGCCCUGCAGAUCCACCUGAGCGGUAUGUGGGGAGACAUCCUCAUCUUCAUGCCUGGCCAGGAGGACAUUGAGGUGACGUCAGAUCAGAUCAUCGAGCGCCUGGAGGACCUCGAGAGUGCUCCUCCUCUGGCGGUACUACCCAUCUACUCCCAGCUGCCCUCUGACCUCCAGGCCAAGAUCUUCCAGAAGGCUCCAGACGGCGUGAGGAAGUGCAUUGUUGCCACCAACAUUGCUGAGACCUCCCUGACCGUGGACGGCAUAAUGUUUGUUGUGGACGCUGGAUACUGCAAGCUGAAGGUGUUCAACCCUCGCAUUGGCAUGGAUGCCCUGCAGGUGUACCCGAUCAGUCAGGCUAAUGCCAACCAGCGCGCGGGCAGAGCAGGACGUACCGGACCGGGCCAGUGCUACAGGCUUUACACCCAGAGCGCCUUUAAGAAUGAGAUGUUGACCACCACCAUCCCAGAGAUCCAGCGGACCAACCUGGCCAAUGUGGUGCUGCUGCUCAAGUCCCUGGGGGUGCAGGACCUUCUGCUCUUCCACUUCAUGGACCCCCCGCCGGAGGACAACAUGCUCAACUCCAUGUACCAGCUCUGGAUCCUGGGGGCCCUGGACAACACAGGUGCCCUGACGCCCACUGGGAGGAUGAUGGUGGAGUUUCCUUUGGACCCGGCUCUGUCCAAGAUGCUGAUUGUGUCGUGUGACAUGGGCUGCAGUGCUGACAUCCUCAUCAUCGUCUCCAUGCUGUCUGUCCCCGCCAUCUUCUACAGGCCCAAGGGUCGUGAGGAGGAGAGUGACCAGGUGAGGGAGAAGUUCUCUGUCCCGGAGAGUGACCACCUGACCUACCUGAACGUCUACCUGCAGUGGAAGAACAACAACUACUCCAGCAUCUGGUGCAACGAGCACUUCAUCCACACCAAGGCCAUGCGUAAGGUGCGUGAGGUGCGCUCCCAGCUUAAAGACAUCAUGGUGCAGCAGCGGAUGAACCUAGUGUCUUGUGGCUCGGACUGGGACGUCAUCCGGAAGUGCAUCUGCGCUGCCUACUUCCACCAGGCGGCCAAACUGAAGGGGAUCGGGGAGUAUGUUAACGUGCGGACGGGCAUGCCCUGUCACCUCCACCCCACCAGCUCCCUGUUUGGCAUGGGCUACACCCCCGACUACAUCACUUACCACGAGCUGGUCAUGACCACUAAGGAGUACAUGCAGUGUGUGACAGCCGUGGAUGGAGAAUGGCUGGCGGAGCUGGGACCCAUGUUCUACAGCGUCAAACAGGCUGGGAAGAGCAGGAUGGAAAACCGUCGGCGGGCCAAGGAGGAGAUCACUAACAUGGAGGAGGAGAUGUCGCUGGCACAGCAGCAGCUGAGGAGCAGGAGGGAGGACCAGGACAAGAAGAGUAACAUAAGCAGCGUCAGGGCUGUGAAAAUCUGCACCCCGGGAAGGAAAGAAGAGGCUCCCAUGACACCAAAACGCACCCCAGCCCGUUUUGGACUCUAGAGAUUAUCUGUUAAGACUUAAAACCCAGGACUCCACAAAAUAUGAUCUCCAUGUGCCAUACCAUCACUAAAUGAGUUGCUGAGAGGUCUUGGAACACUCCCUGACUAUUGUCUGGAACCAAGUGCAGUUCUGACAGAUAUCAGCAGAGGGAGAACUUGUAUAAGGGUUGAAGCUCCCAAAAAAUAAUAUUCUUCCAGCCAAUCUGCAUAGCAUCCCUCCAUUGUUAUGUGCAGAGAUAUGGCUGUUAGAAUGCUGUAUUUUCUGUUUCUGUGAGUAAAACAAUGGUGUCUUUAGGAUACAUCAUUUGAGGAUAUUGUUUUUAAAAGGUAUUUGAUAUACCUUAAUCUGUUUCGUAAGCCUCCAGUCAGAACUGGACCCCAAAUGAUGCUGCUGGUUUGUCCAUAUGAACAUAGCGUGUUUAGUGCUACAUUGUGCUGUCAAUCAUUAAUAAAGGACAGUGAUCCAAACUGUUCAGAUCCUAUUGUAUGUUAAUUGGGCUCUGUCAUUCAGUGUGAGUAGAGCAAAGAGGCAGAAGUAAUAGUAUGUAAUGUGUCCAUUUCCAACAGCUAAGAAUUUAGAGACUGGGUUAUUUGUUUGUUUUUUUCAUUUGAUUUGCCCCUCUCAAAUCUCCUUCAGGAGACAAAUCUGGCAUUGUAGAACUGAGUGGCUGCGGAGUCCUUUAUAUUGUGUAGUAAAUGGUCUGGUCUGUAGUGAAGAACUCUUCCGUCGCUGGAGCUCAAUCCAAACUGUGCUUGUGGCAAGAGUCUCUCAAGUAUCUCAUACCUUAGAUCUUGAGCUACCCUAAUACACACGUGCGCACAGACACCCUUCAUGCAAACCUGUUAGAGGACAAGCUUUAGCAAUUGAGCUUUUCCUAACCCCAUUACCCACCCACAGCACUGUGAUGUUCCUCAGCUUCUCUCUGUUUACCCAUGAAUUUCAGAAACUGGAUUAUACACAUAACAAGUAAUGGCCUCGUCAGACCUCUCAUGGUCCUUGUGUUGAAAAUGCCCACCAAUUUCCUCUGAGAUUUCCCUCCAAGUCGAGUGUGUGAACGUUAUGAGAAAUGUUUUCUACAAGGGCCAUGGUUGGGGUUGAUGUAUAUUUGUUUCAGUGUGUUUCUCUUCAGUAGACUGAUAGUGAUGUCCAGGACAUGUCACAGUGGUAGUCCGGGGCAACAACAUAAUUCAGGAUGUGCCAAGCGGUAGAUUUGCUCCUGAAGCCCUCUUCUGCAUAUUAAAUGGACGUUGUAUAGUUUUGUACAGACCAUUAUCUUGUCUUGUUGAUGGUUAGUUGUUCUGUUUUGUGAUGUGCUAUAUAUAUAUAUAAAUAUAUAUAUAUGGCAAAUUUAGAUCUGAUAACACCAGGCCAUGGCUUGCAAAUAUAAUUUUUAAAUUGACUUUUGGGAACUGAAAAUAAACUGUCUUAUUUUUUA